AUGGUGUAUGCACGUGCCAGUUAUCUGGUGUCUGUAGGAGUGGUGGAGAAGAUAGCCCAGUGCUUGGGGUCUAUCCGAGAUCCGAUCCCAGAAGAAGAUUGUCAUUCCCAUUCCCAUUCCCAAAGCCAAGGAAUCUUAGAAUUCCUCAACCAAGCCCUCGCCUUCCUCUCCGCCAUCGUUGGGACGCUGGCGUGCCGGAGCCCUAUCCAGAGCCUGGGGAAGAGGCCAGGGGACCCGACUCAGUUAUUGGCAACUCUGGAGGUCACGGAAUUGGCUGGGACGGUGUCCAUGCUGUACGGCAUGUUGUUGUACCAGGGUGAGCCACCGUCAAAGGGAAGGACUCCACCUCCACCGUUGGGAGAAUCCAUUCUCGCCAUCAUUGGAAGUGUCGUAUCCUUCCUCGUCUCCGCUGCUCAGGCCGAUACCCUCCUCCUUCAAACGAUCCUGGGUAGCGAAGGGAUGAGCCUGGAAUUCCGUCAUAUCUCCUCCUACCUGUUGUGGUACUUCACUCACUGGGAAGAAAAGGAUCUCCUUCAUCAACUCAUCUCUCUGAUCGGCUACUUCACCGUCCACCAUCUGGACAAUCAGUUGUUGGUGCAGAGCGGGCAGCAGCCGAGCGUUUUGCAGCAAUUGGCCACGUUACCGUUGGCGUACUUCACGGAUUCAGAUCUGACUCGGAUCCUAUUUCCGACUCUCAUCGCAGCCUCCUAUUCCAAUCCCGAGAACACCGCCGUUCUACAACAGGAAAUCAACCCGCAGCUGUUGGAGGAGUUCCUGGAAUCCCCAGAGGCACAGGGGAUCCACUUGAUCCAGCUACUCAAAUCUGGGAUCUCCAAACACUAAUGUCUUCAAUGCUAUGCACGCUCUAUUCUCUCUAGUUUUCUCCCCAUCGGCUACCUUUUCACAAGUGCCUCACUCGAGUCUGUGAUAUUUACACCAGAGCCCACUCACCCCCUCUUCAAAUAAGUUGGAUUCCUUUUGAAAUAACUUUGUACUGUCAGGACACUCAUGCCUAAACUUAAUUAAUUUGGAGUAGUCGUGCACUUCUCGCCGCUUGUUCUGCUAUACUGGAGAAUAAAAUAUUGCCAUAUUUUGGAUGAUUCGUCGA